AUGAGUGUCCAGUGUGUUGACUUGAUGCUUGAAGUGAUCCCCAGACUGCAGUGGACUACUGCCUUCGGUUCUAUCUAUAUCUGGACCACUAACCUGCUAUGGGGCGCCUUCGGACAUCAGUUAUAUGAGAGUACCUUCUUCAUCGAGUACUGUUCCGGAGGCCUCUCCUCUUGCUUGGCACCCCUGUGUCUCUUGAGCUGUGUCGACUCCUUCGACACUGCUCCUCCUCCUUACUAUCCUGCUGCUUGUUUGGCACCCCUGUGCCUCCUGAGUGGUGUCGACUCCUUCGACACUGCUCCUCCUCCUCAGGACCUGCUUGCCAGUGUCCUAUACACUGCUCCUUCUCCUUUGACUGGUGACAGUUCUUUUGACUCUUGUCUCUCGAGCCCCUGA